AUGCGGCCAGCCUUCUGGGCACACUGCCCGGUGGCAGCGACUUGGCGCAGGUUUGAACCAGUCCAGUUAGGUUGUGGUACUAAAGGCGGCUGCGAGGCCGCUGUCCACGCACUUCGUACUUUCCUCAAGAACAGCCAGUGCCAAGUUUUAUUAAAAAUUGAUAUCAAAAACGCUUUCAACUCUGAAGGUGCUGAGCUGAGUGCACGGUCGCAUUUUGGUAGCAGAGGUCAGGCGAAUAAGGUAGUUGGUUGGAAUUACCACGUUCAAGAAAGCCAUCAGCUGGCGAGGGUGAGUUUUCAGUGCUGGGCAGCGUCAGGUAGAUUCAAGGUUAGCCCCUUGACCGUGGAGAAUGUGCCCAACCUUAGUAAAGAUACGGCAUGGAAAGGGACAGAUGUUAUACAGUUUAAGACGAAUGACAUUGUUAGCGUCUUAAAAGCGAUGUCAAAAGGCAAGUCACCAGGAUAUGAUGGGCUAAGUGUUGAACACAUUAUCCACGCGGGAUCGUCUAUUGCUACGAGGCUAUGCAGCUUGUUCAAUAUGUGUAUUAGGUAUAGUUAUAUACCGGAUGCACUUAUGAAAACAGUUGUCGUGCCUAUUACGAAAAACAAAACUGGGGACCUUGGAUCUGCCAGCAAUUAUCGUCCAAUAUCUCUGGGCACGGUAGUCGGUAAGGUGUUUGAGCGGCUGCUGCAACCUUGGAUACAGGAGGGGUGUGUUAUUGAUGACGCACAGUUUGGUUUUCGUCCUGGUCUCUCAACAGAUUCAGCCAUAAUGAGCCUUAAGCACACGGUCAAUUACUAUACCUCAAGAGAGACAACAGUAUAUGCUUGUUUUCUCGACCUCAGUAAGGCUUUUGACCUAGUCAAUUAUGAGGUACUUUGGAAUAAACUUAGGAACACUACGGUUCCUAUGGAAGUCACCAAUCUGUUGAGAUACUGGUACGAAAACCAAACGAACUAUGUAAAAUGGGGCGACGUGACUUCCAGCGAAUAUAGGUUGGAAUGCGGUGUUCGCCAAGGGGGUAUUACCUCUCCGGACCUUUUCAACCUCUACGUGAAUGACCUGAUAGCGGGGUUGAGGAGCACCAGGGUCGGAUGCCACAUAGGUGGUGUCUGCGUCAAUAGUUUAAGCUAUGCGGAUGACAUGGUGCUUCUCAGCUCUUCUGCUGAGGGCCUCAGAAGGUUGCUACAUUUCUGUGAGAAAUAUGCUAUCUCUCAUGGAAUGAAGUAUAACAGUUCUAAAACUGAAUACCUAAUAUUUAAGGCGGGGAAGGGUCCGGAUAGGAUACUUGACGUAUUUUUAAAUGGGUUACCUGUUCGAAGGGUGCAGCAGUUUAAGUAUCUCGGACAUAUCCUUACCGACGAUCUGAAGGACGAUAAGGACAUCGAGCGAGAAAGAAGAGCCUUAUCAGUGAGGUGCAACAUGCUCGCCCGUAAGUUUGGCAGGUGCUCUGACGAGGUUAAAGUAACGCUCUUCAGAGCAUACUGUCAAAGCUUUUAUACAGGGCAACUUUGGACCAACUUCACCAGGAGAGCAAUCAACACCUUAAGGGUUCAAUAUAAUGACGCCUUCAGAAUCCUGAUGAAGUUGCCAAGGUUCUGCAGCGCGUCGAAUAACAGCGAAAGAGCUGAACGCGCUCGGUUGCUCGCAGCCGGCUGUAGGGAGGCCGGCCAUUGGCUUAACGCUUAUCCUUCGCCGAAUUCUGGUACACACCUCGAUGGGAAUACCCUCCGAGUGGCGGUCGGGCUGAGGGUUGGGGCUGUAAUUUGUGCUUCCCACAAAUGCCACUGCGGGAGCGAAGUGGACCAGCUGGGGCGCCACGGCCUUUCUUGCCAGCGAAGUGCGGGGCGUAUGUCGCGUCACGCCGCGCUUAACGACAUUAUCCGACGGUCUCUUACCUCUGUAAACGUGCCCGCAAUAUUAGAGCCGACCGGUAUAGCGCGGGAUGAUGGUAAGAGACCCGACGGAAUGUCGCUGAUACCGUGGAGGAUGGGACGAGUGCUGGUGUGGGAUGCAACCUGUGUGGACACACUGGCCCCGUCUCAUCUUCACGGUACCACAAAGAAAGCGGGCGCGGCUGCAGAGGCUGCAGAGACGAAUAAAAGACGUAAAUACGGAGGUCUCGACGCCAAUUACAACUUUGUUGCUUUUGGCGUCGAGACCCUCGAAAUAGUGAACGCACACUUUGGAAUCAUUCUACACACUACUCCUUACAUUCCACUCUCGCUGUCGCUUCAGCUACCGCUCACACAGAAACCGCACCCUUUUGUAACAAAUAUCACUUCGGCGUUAAUCAUUUGCUAG